CGACUCCGUCCAUUCCCAAUAAGGAAGCUUUUCUCCUCCCGCCGCGAGUCGGCCCCUCUCUGUCUCUCUCUACCGCGCGCACGGAGGCGAUGAACCAUUCGCCGUCUGGCGGAGACCGUCCGGCCGCGAUGGGGCCCCCGCCGGGGCUCGCUCGCUACGGCUCGGCCCCCGGGUCGUUCCUCGGCGGGAUCGCCGACUCGGUCAUCGCCGCCGGCGGAUCGGAGAGGAUGAUGACCCGGUUCUACGCCGGCGACUCGCCGUGCCUGACCUCCGAAUCGAGCUGCUGGGCUCCGGACGGCGACGCCGCCGCAGCCGCCGCCGCUGGAGGUUGCUCGCGGGGGUCGUACGGAUCCGGGGAGCUCCAACUCUCUUCCGCCACCGGAUCCCCGUUGGUCCGGCACAGCAGCUUGCCUACGGGGUUCUUCUCCCAUCUACUGGCCGAUCACGGUAAUUCUAGUACAAGGAUGAUUGGAAACUACUCUCAAGCAGGCACAGAAAGCAUCCAUGUAUUGGCACAUAGAAGGCAGCAUGCCCCGUGGGGCUUCUCGCGGCAAGACUCCUUGUCGCAAAUUUCUGAAUUGAGCAUCCCAGAAAUGGAAGAGAGUGACACGCACCAUGAUUCAGACGAGGUAGCUGGGAAUGCCGGCCAGUCCUACAUUUCUAGCAAUUUUCAAUUAGGCUCAUGGGAUGAUAAAAAUUCAAUUGCUUUUUCUGCUCCACAAAGCAAAAGGAUUAAGUGCGAUAACGGGGAUGCAGUUGCAAGUCUCGGUAACAUUGAUUCACAGUUUAGUUUUCCAAGGACAUCAUCUGAAAUGUCUGAGUUAGAGAAAUACCUUCAGAUCCAACAAGAUUCAGUCCCUUGCAGAGCACGAGCUAAGCGUGGCUGCGCAACUCAUCCCCGGAGCAUUGCUGAGAGGGAAAGGAGAACACGAAUUAGCAAAAGGCUGCAGAAAUUGCAAGAUCUUGUGCCUAACAUGGACAAGCAAACGAGCACCUCAGAUAUGCUGGAAUUGGCAAUUCAACACAUCAAAGAGCUGCAGGGCCAAGUAGAGAAGCUCAAACAAGAACAAACAAAUUGUACCUGCACUGCAAAGCAGGAGAAGGCUUGAGGGCGGCCAGUCACUGUCAUUAUAGCUACUUUGUCUUUUUGUUUUUUAAAACAAAAAUUGCUAUAAACGAUCAUAUUGAGUUCAUUGAACUAGAAUGGAUCCAUGGCAAGAUAAGGAGUUGUACAUUGCCAUUUCCGUUCA